UUUUCCCUUUUUGAAUAUGGCGGCGCUGGUGGAUUUGUUAUUGUUGUCGUUUCUCUAGAGUAAAAAUAAGUGGGACACACACCCCCCCCCCCCCCAAAAAAAAAAAAAAAGAAUCAGAAAAGGUCUCAGUUUCUCACACCCGCUAUGAACCUGGGGGAGGAGGAGGAUGCUGAGAACCACGGGCUUUUUCCGAGGGAUUGACUGUCCAUUUAUUAAAAGCCCUGGUAAUGGUGUUAAUAACAAUAACAAUGCAAAGAACGGAGGGGAGCCCUGCAGCAGACCUUACUGUCACUUCAGACACUGCAAACCGUCUUCCAAGGAGAGCAAGGGAUGCAUCUCAGCGCAGCAGGAGCAAGGCUGCGACCUGUACAGCCCUGAAGUCACGAGACCGGCAGGACAGAAUGGAGAGGAGUCGACCGGAAGCGACUCCGUGGAGCUGGAGCCCAACAACCUGGAGCUGGAGCUGGUGAACCGGGCCAUUGAGGCUGUCAAGAGUGAAGUGGAGCGGGAGCAGAAGAAGCUGUCCUGGCUUGAGGACAUCGCUGAGGUCAAAGGCGAAGCCUACAGUUCUCUUGAGUACGACCCCAGUAGCUAUCGGAUCAGUGCCGUCCGGGACUACAACCCCACCCCACACUCUAGCAAAUACACACUGGACCCUGAUAGUAAGUCUAAAGGCAACUCGCUGGAAUACGUUCCUGCGGCUGUAUCCAAGGCAGCAGUCAAAAAGGCAGCACCCUCAGCGUUGACUUGUAAUAAAUACACUAUUGACAAAACGAAACCCACAACUGAUCUGGAGUAUGACCCUUUGUCUAACUACUCGGCGAGACACUUGAAUAAAAAGAACGCCAAGGACCUGAAAAGAGGCAGGAGGAGUCGGGAAGUGAGAGAAGAGGAAGGUUAUGUCCCAACCGCAAAGAAACCCCGUCACCAAACGGACUUCCAGAAGUAUGAAGUGGGGGCCGACUUUUCUGAAUCGGAUGAAGAAAAUGGGACAGAAUAUCGUCCCAGUCCCAUCAGCCGUCUGCAGCGCGGGAGCUUCUCGGACGACGAAACGGGCGACAGCGGGAAUUGGGAGGGGAAGGAGAGAGCCGCGCAGCACGACACGGAAGAUACCAGUAGCGUGAAGCUUGGGGAGCAGGAGGGAAAAAGCAGAGAGAAGAAGGAGAGCAGUAAAGCAUCUGACAAAAAGAUGAAAGUGGAGAAAGUCAAGAAUGAAAGUCAAGAGGAACCCUCUGGCAGAAAGAACAAGGAGGGUUUAAAGGAGAGAGGAGUGAAGGAGAAAGGGGAGGAAGUGAAGUCGUCCAGUGCUAAAGAGGCAGCCAAGAAGGACAGAAACGAUGGGAAAAAGGAGAACAAAAGCAAAUCCGGAGACAAAGUGAACGACAAAGGCAGAAGUAAAGAGAAGGAAGUCAAGCAGGACAAGGGUCAGGGAGGCAGCAGCGGCAAGAAGGAGAAGCACACGCUGGAGGGGGCGAGAAAGGAGAAGCCGAAGGUCUUGGACAGCAGCUGUGGAAAGAAGGGCGACGGGACAAGCAAAGCAACGGAGAGGGGAGACAGGAACAAGAAGGACCUCUCCGGAUCUAAGGAUCUGAAGAACAGGAAGCAGGGGAGCAAAGAAAAGAAAACGGGGAGCACAGAAUCAGCAAAGGAAGGGAAGAAGAGCAGCUCGACAAAGGAAGAAGGAAAGAGGCCCCAGAAAAUAAAAUUGAAACAGAGGACACUGAGUCACGUGGAUCUGUUUGGCGAUGAGAGCGGAGAUGAAGACAAACCGGGUCAGGCUAGCAGCUCCAGCAAAGGGGAUUCCUUCCAGGGAAAACAUAAAACCAGCAAGCGGAAAGCCUCUGCGUUCUCCUCUUCAGAGGACGAGAUCGAGGAGGCGACGGAGGAGGAUGACCGGGAUUACUCCAGCUUGCAGAAUGAACUGGAUUACGAGGAGGACCCAAUGGAAGAGUGCCUGAGGAUAUUUAACGAAUCAAAUGAUGUGAAAACGGAGGACAAGGGGAGGCAAGCGAAACAGCCGCCCAGCGAGCCCUCCGAGAACGGAAGCACAGAGGACACUUUAACAACGCUCUUCCCGGGACAGAAGAAGAGAGUUUCCCACUUUGCAUGCAAAGGAGACGUGGAAGUGACCCUGAAGCAGCCCGCCCGACCCUAUAGAAGGGCCACGGCCCAGGAGACCUGCUACAAGCGCAUCCAGAUGGCACAGCAGCAGGCAGUACAGCUGGCUGUGGCAGCAAAAACAACCACCGUGGCAUACGCAGGAGAGAAGAGGAGGAUUGCUCAUCGGCCAACACUGGCUGCACCAGCUGCGAAAUUCGGCCCAGUGGAAGGAAGGAAGGCUGGCAGCAACGUGGCCUCACCCAGCGGGUCUGGAUCCAGUUCCCUGGCUCUAAAAGCUCACACGCCUGCUUCCUUCCCAUCGAAGACCACCAGCACUGCAGUUCAGAGGAGAAUAGCGCACACCCCUACUUUGAAGAACUUAUCUUCUUUAAAGAGGCCCAUCAUUCCGACCGAGUUUGGUGCCAAAGUCCCGACUAAUGUCCGCCAGAGGUAUCUCAAUCUCUUCAUUGACGAGUGCCUGAAGUUUUGCUCAUCUGAAGAAGGAGCUUUUGAGAAGGCCCUGGCAGAAGAGAAGGUGGUGUAUGACAGAAGCAGCAGCCGCAAUAUCUACUUGAACGUGGCUGUGAACACGCUGAAAAAGCUCCGGGGUCAAAGCACUGCCCCCACAUCCCCUACCAACAAGCAUCCCAGUGUGAGUAAGAAGAGUCUCUCCCACGAGGAGCUGCUGGGAGGGAGGCUGGCAGCCAAGACCAGCUUCACACUGAACCUCCUGGGGAAACCGCAGGAGGAGGACCUCACAGGUGCCACGCUGUACAGGAAAAUGAAAGGGUACCUCAUGACAGAGGAGCAGCUUCAGGAGCAUGGAUACCCCCGACCGAACCCUGACAAACCAGGAGGAGCGAUCGUCCACACGGCCUCUCAGAAGAAAAUCCUCGAUCCCUUCACCAAAGUGUGUUGCCGCUGUGGGUCGGAGUACACAGUCUCUGCGAAUGGGAACUGCGUUCGAAGGGAGGAGUGUACCUUCCACUGGGGGAGGCUGCGGAGACAGAGGGCUCCUGAUGGAUGGGAAACUCAGUACAGCUGCUGCUCUGGAGCGGUGGGGUCCACAGGCUGUCAGGUAGCCAAGCAACACGUCCAGGACGCGCGCAAAGAGAAUCUGGACGGGUAUGUGAAGACAUUCGACAAACCCACCUCGCAAGAGGGGAACCCUGGCGUCUACGCUCUGGACUGUGAGAUGUGCUACACAAAACAAGGUCUGGAGCUUACUAGGGUCACGGUGGUCAACUCUGAUCUGAAAGUGAUCUACGACACGUUCGUCAAACCUGACAGCAAAGUCGUGGAUUACAACACCAGGUUUUCAGGGGUGACUGAAGAGGACCUUGAAAACACCACCAUAACAAUCCGUGAUGUCCAGGCCGUGCUGCUCAGCAUGCUCAGCGCUGACUCCAUCCUGAUUGGACACAGCCUGGAGAGCGACCUGUUUGCACUGAAGCUGAUCCACAACAGGGUGGUGGACACUGCAAUAGUCUUCCCUCACCGGCUGGGACUGCCAUACAAGCGAGCCCUUAGAACUGUCAUGGCAGAAUACCUCAAGCGCAUCAUUCAGGACAACGUGGAAGGACACGAUUCCAGCGAGGACGCCUCCGCUUGCAUGGAACUCAUGAUCUGGAAAAUCAAAGAAGACGCUAAAGUUAAGAGAUGAUCCCCCUUUCCUUUAAAAAGUAAAUGUAAAAAACCACACACACACACGCAAAUGAAGGACCUAAUUCAUGUAGGCUAAGCAGGAACUAUAACUGCUGCGGAAGAUGCACUUAAUAAUGGAUCAUGAACAUGGGCCACCUCGGGACAGGAAUGUACUGCAUCUGUUCUGAAGAGACGGGGCCCGCUCAUGGGUACCACCGCGCCACCCAGAGUCUAGGGCCCGCCAGAAAGCAGGAGAAGACAUCAUGAGCGGUCAUCUUGAAUGAGAAGGCUUAUCAGAGACAUUAUUAUUAUUAUUUAAAUCCCAGGCUGAGAUUCCAUGUCUUAUUUCCAUGGGGGUUACUGAAUUGUCCCCAGUUUAGAUGGAUUGAGAUACUAAGCCAGGAAAGCCUAGCAGGGCUAUGACAAAUGCCCAGAGUUCUAACCUCUUUCAUUCUGGAAUACCACAGUUUAAUAUCCCGUCCCCGCCAUAGUGUCUGCCUGCAUCAGGAAUUCUGUUCCCGGUCUUGUUUUUUAGAAGGACUGUAAAGUAGUCCUGCACAAGGCAAGGUAUGGAAGGUGGCUGCAGAAUGCUUUGUGGCUCGGAGGCUUUUUCUUGAUGUUGCUUGGUUCUGCACAUGUCAAAAUCAUUCUUUUAAAGGCUUGGACCCAAGAUGAGUUGCGAAGGUAGGUUCAGAGCCCUGUCCUAACUCCAGAAAGACCUCCCCCAUUUUUUAAAAAAAAAAAAAAAAAAAAAAGAAAAACUCAAAAAAAGUUUUGGAGGGGUUGAAAUAUUUAUGCAGGCUUAUCUGAGAAUUUUUUUCCCUUAAAAAUGUCGGCUUUCUCAGUUCAGUGAUCAGGUUUGUUCAGGUAGCCUAUAUUUACACAGGUGUUUUAGUUUGAUCUUUCUUUUGCGUCUUUGCAGUAAAUGCGUGAUACAGGGUGUGCAAGUCACUCGAGUCCCUUCUUGCAGUGAAAUCUCUUCUACUAGAAAUGGGGCGCCUCUGCUGGGCCUGUCCCAGAGAUUGCUAUGGAUGCAGGGAUCCAGGCUGCUUUUACACUUUCUGGUCAGCCAUUAUAUUUCUAAACUAGAACUGACUUAAGCUUAUCUAAGUGAUAGACAAUU